UCCUUGACCACCUGCUCUGUCUCCCUGCUGUCCCCUGCCACCUUUUGCCCAUCAGCAGCAGCCUUCCCCUCAGGCUGCCUGUGCCAGGUCCACUCUGACUCCACCCCUCUUGCCAUCCCUGGCUCUCUUGCUCUGACCUCUUCCUCCUCCUCCUGUUCCCAGGUUCUCAGCGUCUCCCCUCUGUUCACUUCCUGCUCCUCAGGCUCCUGCUUUUCCUGGGCUUGGCUGCUCCUGUCUCGUCGAGCCCCAGACCUUGCCUCAGACUUCUUUCCAGACUCCACGGAGACACUUGGCUCCUGGCACCUGGCAACCUUGGCUGCCUCCCAGACCCCUGUGUCCUGCCUGUCUGUUUGGGACCCAUGGGGGCUGCUGUCUCCCCAGCCCCAGGCUUGUUCUGCAGCUGAGCUUCCCCCUUGGCAUCUUCCGGCUUCUCCAGGCCCUCCAAGCCUUCCAUCCCCCUUGCUUUGGCCACCUCUAAGGCCCUCCAGGGCCUCCUGUGCUUCCUCCUCCACAGUCUUCCCUGGCCUUUCUACAGCCAUCACCCCCAGUUCCUCGGCUGCCUGUGCCUCCCUCUCUACAGUGGGGACUGCAUCUCCUAUGAGUGCCCCCCUCAAGGCCUGAUGCAGCCCAGGGAGGUAUAGCCGGAGGAAGUCCAUCCUGUCUGUCUCUGUCUGUGUGUCCAGAAAGCUGACAAUGACCGCCCCCACCUACAAGCCAGUCCUCCCCGGGACCCAAGACACUUCCUCUUCCUCUGUUUCCCCUGACGCAUACCCACCCCAGGCCCUGCCCACUGCCCCAAUGCCCACUGCAGCCUCCACUCCUGGCUGGGCAAUGGGUGGGCAUCACACAGGGGACUCAGGUGCACAUUUGGAAUUAAAGGACAAGGGGGAAGCCAGAAAGGAAAAAGUGGGAGCAGGAGGCCUCAGAAUUGGUAAUGGGGGAGGGGGCAUGUGGCAACUGCAGCUCAAGUGACUCAGGUCUUAUAUUCAUACCUCAGCCAUUUCCGUCUCCCCCAAGCCACAGCCACUCUGUGAGAGGAAGCUGGGGUUUGUGGUUCCUGUUUUGCCUGGGGACAAGCAGUAGGAGUGAGGAGAGGGCUGGUAGGAGCUUUGUCUUCUCAUUUCAGUGUCAUUAAAGCUUCCCCAAGGGGACAAACGGGCUGGGUUGGUGGCUGCAAUGCCCCACCCCUCAUGUGUGGUUAAUCUUGCAAAAGAGAACUUGGCUAAACUUUGUAUUGUGGUUGUUUGUGUCUACCACCCACCCUCCUGUGAGUUCCUUGAGGGCAGAGGCUGUGUAUGAAAUGCUGCUGAAUUUCUAGAGCCCUUCGUGAUAGUAGGACCCCAUUUUUUCAUUGUUUGAGUGACCUGGGAAGCACACUAGAGAGGUAUAUUUUAAACAACAGUCUGAAGGCUUGGUGGUGAGAAAGAGCUAGUAGAGGUGGGCACAGCCUGUUGAAGUCCACAGCAGACGUUAGCAGGGAAAGUACGCCAUGAAGAGAAUUCAGGAUGCUGCUUUACCACCUAGAGGAAGGAAUUGGACUACUUCCGUGAUAUUUUUUGGCUCCAGCGUAAUUGGCGAAAGGGGAUCUUUUAACGUCUUGGAUACCACCCAUAGAUAAUUCAUGAAAUUCCUUCAGCCGGAAACAGUCAGUCCUGUUUGAAAAAAAUAUUCAGCCAGGUGGCCAUAUUUGUUUCUGGUAAGUGAGUGCUGAGGGAAAGGAUCUGAAGCCGCCCGCAGCCAUGACUAGUCCUGGCAGGAUUCCGUCACCGCCUUGGGCGCAGCUAAUGUGACGUCACGUUGCUAACUUGCUGAUCCCACCGCUCCAGUUUAAAGCCAAGGGUUCCAGGGUUCUCCCGGCCUCUCCCUUUCUCACGCCCCAAAGCUGAGAGGGCCUAAAGUUAAGAGGGAGGUAGGACGCGGAAGUAGGGAGGACCUCCGAGCACGUGAUGGGGGGACCCGCGGAUGCUGUCACGUGACCCAACAACCUGCCAGUGCCCGGUGUGGAAUGCUUUGGGGCUCUUAAAGACCCUCAUCUACCCCGUCGAAGCCGACUCUGAAGAACACUCUGUGACGUUGGACCCUUGGGGCACCUGAACUUGAUGCCAUGGGAGGACGUGCAGGCUCGUGGCGGAGCCUUUCGGAUUCUGAGGGGGAGGAGACCGCCUCGGAUCCCCAGCCCCCUUUGUUAGACCAUCAGGGCGCCCAUUGGAAGAACGCAGUGGGCUUCUGGCUGCUAGGUCUUUGCAACAACUUCUCUUAUGUGGUGAUGCUGAGUGCUGCCCAUGACAUCCUCAGCCAUGAGAGGGUACCUGGGAACCAGAGCCACGUGGACCCAGGCCCAACGCCCAUCCCUCUCAAUAGCUCCUCUCGAUUUGACUGCAACUCCGUCUCCACUGCUGCGGUGCUCCUGGCAGACAUCCUCCCCACCUUUGGCAUAAAGUUGCUGGCUCCUCUUGGCCUUCACAUGCUGCCCUACAGCCCUCGGGUUCUCAUCAGUGGGCUUUGUGCUGCUGGGAGCUUCAUCCUGGUUGCCUUUUCUCAUUCAGUGGGGACCAGCUUGUGUGGUGUAGUCUUGGCUAGCAUCUCCUCGGGCCUGGGGGAGGUCACCUUCCUCUCUCUCACUGCCUUCUAUCCCAGGGCUGUGAUCUCCUGGUGGUCCUCAGGUACUGGGGGCGCAGGGCUGCUGGGGGCAUUGUCUUACCUUGGCCUCACCCAGGCAGGCCUCUCCCCCCAGCACACCCUGCUGUCCAUGCUGGGUAUUCCUGUCGUGCUGCUGGCCAGCUACUUCUUGCUGCUCACGUCUCCCGAGCCCCAGGACCCUGGAGGGGAAGCGGAGGCAGAGACAGCAGCUCGGCAGCCCCUAAUAGGCACUGAGGCCCCAGAGUCGAAGCCAGGGUGCAGCUCAGGCCUGUCCGUUCAGGAAAGGUGGACGGUGUUUAAGAGCCUGCUGCAGUACAUCCUCCCCCUGGUCCUGGUGUACUUUGCCGAGUAUUUCAUCAACCAGGGACUUUUCGAGCUCCUCUUUUUCCGGAACACAUCCCUGAGUCACGCUCAGCAGUACCGCUGGUACCAGAUGCUGUACCAGGCCGGCGUCUUUGCCUCCCGUUCUUCUCUCCACUGCUGUCGCAUCCACUAUACCUGGGCUCUGGCCAUGCUGCAGUGCCUCAACCUGGCCAUCCUCCUGGCGGACACGUGGUUCAGCUUUCUGCCGAGCAUCUACCUUGUUUUCCUGAUCAUUCUAUAUGAGGGGCUCCUGGGGGGUGCGGCCUAUGUGAACACCUUCCACAACAUUGCCCUGGAGACCAGUAAUGAGCACCGGGAAUUUGCCAUGGCAGCCGCCUGCAUCUCUGACACCUUGGGGAUCUCCCUGUCGGGGCUCCUGGCCUUGCCUCUGCAUGACUUCCUCUGCCAUCUUUCCUGACACUCAGGCUCCUCGGGAUGCAAGACAUGCUGACCUGUGGGCAGGUCAGACACCCAGGCCUACCCAUAGCCCAUGCAUGAGCUCUGGCCCUGGCUUUACAUGUGGGCCGGGGGUGGGGCAGUGCUAAGGCCUUAUAACAGGGAGCAGGGGCAGCCCUUGUCUCCCAUUCCCAAGCUGGUCUCGGGGAGUUUCUUGGCAUCAUGCCCUAUGAAUAAAUGCCUAUCUUAUCAGUUGA